GCCAAAGACCCUCUGACGCUAUGCUAUUGUUGUCCUCUGUCGUCAGGGCUCGUUUCCAAACUUUACCAUCUGAUAGGCUCCCGCCUUGAAGCUCGAGUCAAUGGAGGGGUAUCUGUGAUUGAGGGGUGGGCAUCUUCACUUAGACUGUGCGCCAGUGGAGUCCCAAUGUUUAGAGCCCCCCCAAUUGCUAUGUUGAUAGAUAUCAACUGUAGGCCCGUCCUGUGUUGCAAUUCCUCAGGUUCAACUCCUCUCUUCCCUCUACUCGAGCGCCCCAAGUCUUCCAUACAAUCAUGAUUGGCGCUGCCAUGGGUCUUCCUCAAGACCCUGUGCACGAGGUUGGGAUUGUCAUCUUUUUUCUUGCCGUCUUCCUCGUCAUCACAUUCAUAGCUGCUUCCUGGCCCUCCAAGGACGGCAAGCCAAAUCCAUAUUCGCUGCAUGCGUACUUGAAGUUUGCGUACAACUGCUUUCUCAAGCCCCACACCGGGGACGGCACUGGUAACCAGCAAGAUGCGUUGGAGAGCUUCUAUUCGGCACAAGCCAGCAUAUAUGAUGCGACGCGUGCAAAGCUAUUGACUGGUCGUGAGGACAUGCUAGGCCUGGUUGCUGCCCAGUUGAAGCAUAAGGUACACACCGGUCAAUUCACACGCAAGCCCGUAUGGGUUGAUGUUGGUGGCGGGACAGGCUACAACAUUGAAGCCAUGUCCAAGGAAAUCUCAAUCCCCGAGUUUUUCGAGGCCGUAUACAUCGUCGAUCUAUCCCCCUCGCUCCUCGAAGUUGCGCGCAAGCGUUUCGAAAGGCUCGGCUGGAAGAAUGUUCACGUCAUAUGCCAGGAUGCUCGCCGAUUUCGUCUUCAUGAACACCUCAGCAGCGCUCAACAACAGAAAGAGGCCGCCGAGAAGGGUCACAUUAUACGGGAUUUGGACGAAAAGGCCGAUGCUGGCGGCGCUGAGCUGGUCACCAUGAGCUUCUCGCUUUCCAUGAUCCCUGAAUUUCACUCUGUAGUCGAUUCGCUUUCGUCCCUUCUAGCGCCCAGCGGCAUCAUCGGUGUAUGCGACUUCUACGUACAAAGCGCUAUCGAUUACCAGGGCCGUAAUUAUACCGGGGGCUUCAUCGAUCGCCACUGCAUGUGGAUCUCUCGCGUCUUCUGGAGAACUUGGUUCGAGGUAGAUCGCGUCAACUUGGAGCCAGCUCGAAGAGACUACCUGGAGUAUCGGUUCGGCACCAUCAUCAGUGUGAAUCAGCGAAAUCGCUUCAUGGGCGUUCGUAUUCCGUAUUACAUAUGGAUUGGCUGCGCAAAAGAGAAUGGAGCUUCAAUCGAGAAGCUUGCCGAGCUCGACUGUGCUGCAACCGAGUCUCCUUUCCUGACUGCAUUGGAUCUCCAGGCAAAGAAGUCUCACAGCGCGAACGCGGUUGACGUGCAUUCAAAGUCAUACGAAUGCGCGUUGGUCAACCUCGCCGCAAGUCUCCCUUUGCCUGCGGCGUGGUACCAGAAUCAUCACUGGAGAAUCUACUUCGAGGAUCAAGUCGCUAAAACAGUAAUGUUCAACAACAGCUACAUCUAUGCUUUCACCUGGGAAGAUAGUCGCGUUGAUGCGCGGCUUCUCAAGGUCAAGUCUGACGAUGUCAUCCUCGCUUUAACCAGCGCGGGUGACAACAUCCUCUCCUUCGCCCUCGAAAGCCCCCGCCGUAUACACGCAGUCGACCUCAACCCUGCACAGAAUCAUUUGCUCGAGCUCAAGGUCGCCGCUUUUACCGCGCUCGGCUAUGCCGACGUCUGGAAGAUGUUUGGCGAGGGUCGACACGACGAGUUCCGCAACCUUCUCGUCACCAAGCUCUCCCCUCACAUGUCCUCACUCGCCUUCCAGUUCUGGCUGACCUACGGCCCCGAAACGUUCAACAAGAAAGGCCUCUAUCUGACUGGCGGCUCCGGACACGCCCUCCGCCUCGUCGGCCGUCUCUUCCGUACCCUACGCCUCUCCGGCGAAGUCGACAAGCUCUGCUCCGCCCAGACGCUCAACGAGCAGCGCGAGAUCUGGAACCACAGCCUCAAGCACGUGGUCUUCUCCCGCAUCCUGGCGUGGACGGUCGUCGGCAACGAGAAAUGGCUCUGGAAGGCCCUCGGCGUGCCGCCCAACCAACGCAACAAAUCCGGCCACGCCAUCUGGGAAUACAUCGUCAACACCCUCGAGCCCGUCGUCAACACCACCCUCCUGAGCGAGGAUAACCACUACUACUACCUCUGUCUUAAAGGCCGCUACAGCCGCCGCUCCCACCCAGAGUACCUCACGCCGCGCGCCCACAUCAAGCUGAACAAGCCCGACGCCUUCGACGGCCUACGCAUCCACACCGAUGAGAUCAACGAGGUCAUCGCCCGCAUCAGCCCCGGCACCCUCACCAUCGCCGUCGUCAUGGACUCCAUGGACUGGUUCGACCCCGCCGGCCCGGAAGCCGCAACCCAGAUCCGCGCCCUGAACCGCGUCCUGAAGAAUAAAGGCCGUGUCAUGCUCCGUAGCUCUGGGCUCUCGCCCUGGUAUAUCGAGACGUUUGAGGAGUUGGGCUUCAGGUGUGAUCGCGUCGGCAUGCGCAUGCCGGGCACGUGUAUUGAUCGUGUGAAUAUGUAUGCGUCGACGUGGAUCUGUACGAAGGUCAGCGGUCUUGAGGGGCAGCGGAAGGGCGCUGUGCCGCCUGGGUAUAGCACGCUGGAGCAGCUUAAGAUUUAGAGCAUGGCUGGGCUUGAUGCCAGGGGCAUAGAGGAGGUCUGAUGCAUAGAAAUGUAGAGUGCGCCUUGCUUGGCUAGAGUAGAGUAGAGUAGAGACACCGUGAUACCAAUGAAAAAACGUUUUAUUGCUGU